ACAACAACACCACACGCGCAAUCGCCGAUUGUUUCACCAUUGAGAUCCAGUUCUGUCUCCUUGAAUGGCUCUCGUUUAAGUGCCCACUGCUUCAUUUAUUGGUUCGCUUACAAGUACAUCUCCUUGACCAAAAUGCUCGCAAGUGGCGCGCCACCUGCUCCAUUCAAGCCUCCAGGAAUACCUCCUCUACCUCCUGAUCGACCUGAUCCUCAAUCGAAUACCCACAAAACGUCCUCCGGCUGUGGCCAACUCAAGCCUAAGGAAGACUUUAAGCCCAAGCGAGGCAACAAGGAGACAGCUCAAUGUAUUGACUGCCGUGAAAGAGUUGGGUCACACAUGUCCGGGAGGCGUCUGCUAUACAGGUGCCAUGAUCCAGUCCAAUCCGUGCACUCCGACCAGCACCACCAACACAGGCACGACCGCCUAGCUUUGCACAGCCAACUGUUGCAAGUGUUGCUCGGGCUGCCAUUGCAAGUGGUGGGACUCGUGAGCCUGAGUUCUUCCGCCGUGGUGGUUUACACCCCACAGACGCUCCUGCCCAGGCAGAGGCUAGGAAACAGCAGGGAGCAUUUUCAAGGGAGCAUCGCGGCCGUCGUCGUGGUGGCGAGGAAAACGUCUCAGACACCCGAAUUGUCUCGGUUACUCGGUCCGCAGGCAGGCCCUCAUAGUCCCGUCGAUCAACGUUUCCCGAUCACGUCUUCAUGA